AUGGAGAGGCUGAAACAAUACGCACAAGAGAAACCAGCCGAGGUCAAAGCGCGCCGCGCUGGCCGUUUCCCUCUUGUCGAAGGCAAGCUGCCAACAAGAUUUCCACGAACUGCAUCUGGCAUCUGGAGCACAGUAUCCACGGUGCUCCGUGGCAAAACCACCGAGUCGCAGCCGUAUGAUCACUCGGAGAAUAUUGUGUGGCUUUUUGAUAAUGUCGCCUAUCAACAACAACAACAACAAGCCGACUCGGCCGCUUCUUCUAGCGAACCUCAGCGAUGGCAAGUCGAGGUCGUGGCUUGUGCGUUUGUUCAAGGACACAAUGAUAUCAGCAAGUAUAUCGCGUCUAUCGCCGAUCACCUCGGUCUAGAUGGGAAACUAGGCGACAACUCUGAGAUCCAAAAGCGCAUCGAACAGCGGCUCAGACCGUUGCUGUACUCGGUCGCUCCUUCUCUUACCAUGAAUAUCAAAAUACCUUCAAGCAGCCACAGAGACAGUAGGGUUCAUCAUUAUGGCCUAGGCCCGACGAAUAGCGAUGGCAUUAUAUCUCAGACCGUCUCGACUCCACAUCGGUUUACCACAGACAGAGUCGCACUCACCUCUCAUUUGGUGGGAUCCCAAAACACCGUGGCAAUGAAAACAACAUUUGCUGUGCCAGAAGGGUGGCUGGUCAUAUCAGACAUUGACGACUCGAUCAAGGUGACGCAGACGUCAGACGCCACGGGAAUUCUGCGUACAACAUUUGCAGAAGAGCCACGGCCGAUUGACGGCAUGCCUGAUUUUUACAAGUUCGUGGAAAGACAACUUCAGCCAGUGUGGGUAUACCUAUCGGCAUCUCCGUACAAUCUCUACCAGUUCCUGCGAGAGUUUCUCAACGCCUAUUACCACCCUGGCACAUUGAUCCUUCGGGAGAACUCCUGGCAUGAUCUUGGAGGAUUCCUCAAGUCUUACAGCAUGGGCACUCAGGCUUACAAGGCGGACCGAAUCGACAAGAUCCAUGGCUGGCUACCACAGCGUAAAGUGCUAUGCGUUGGCGACUCGACGCAAAGUGACCCGGAGGCCUACGCAGAACUGUAUCGGAAAUAUCCAGCAUGGAUCCGAGCAAUCUAUAUCCGCAAGGUGACCAACAUCCCAAACAUGGAAGACAAAAACGCGGAAUCUAGAUUUGAAAAGGCAUUUGACGGGAUACCGCGCAAUGUCUGGACUGUGUUUGAGCAUCCUGAAGAAUUGUAUAAGCUGGUGGACGGGCUCAAGAUUAACGAAACAACUGCAUAA